AUGUCUGACGGCGAACGCAAACCCCUGCUCCAGAAUGACGCGGCUAUCGACCUGAACGCCAAGCCGGCCGACCCGGACCAUGACUUGGCCACUGCCAUUCUUCGCAAGAAGUCAGCGCCCAACAAGCUCAUGAUCGACGAUGCAACCAACGACGACAACUCAGUUGCAGUCAUCUCGCCAAAGACGCUUGACACCCUGGGUCUGUUCCGCGGUGACACCAUCCUGAUCAAGGGUAAGAAGCGCAAGGACACAGUACUGAUUGUCAUCCCCGACGAGGAGUGCGAGGACAACAAGAUUAAGCUCAACCGUGUUGCGCGCAAGAACCUGCGGACGCGCCUGGGCGACAUCGUCUCGAUUCACCCGCUGCCCGACAUCAAGUACGGCAAGCGCAUCCACGUGCUGCCCAUUGACGACACCAUCGAGGGCCUGACCGGCGACCUGUUCGAGGUCUAUCUGAAGCCGUACUUCACAGAGGCCUACCGCCCCGUCAGGAAGGGAGACACGUUCCUUGUGCGCGCUGGUAUGCGCGCAGUUGAGUUCAAGGUGGUCGAGACUGACCCCGAGGAGUUCUGCAUUGUUGCACAGGAUACCGUCAUCCACACCGAAGGUGAUCCCAUCAAGCGUGAGGACGAGGAGCAGGCUCUGAGCGAGGUUGGAUACGACGACGUCGGUGGCUGCCGCAAGCAGAUGGCCCAGAUCCGCGAGCUGGUCGAGCUGCCGCUGCGCCACCCGCAGCUGUUCAAGUCGAUCGGUAUCAAGCCGCCGCGCGGCAUCCUGAUGUACGGUCCGCCUGGUACCGGUAAGACGCUGCUGGCGCGCGCUGUUGCCAACGAGACCGGUGCCUUCUUCUUCCUGAUCAACGGCCCUGAGAUCAUGUCGAAGAUGGCUGGCGAGUCCGAGUCCAACCUGCGCAAGGCCUUUGAGGAGGCCGAGAAGAACAGUCCGUCCAUCAUUUUCAUCGAUGAAAUUGACGCCAUUGCGCCAAAGCGCGAGAAGACCAACGGUGAGGUCGAGCGCCGUGUCGUGUCGCAGAUGCUGACGCUCAUGGACGGCAUCAAGGCCCGCUCCAACGUCGUUGUCAUGGCCGCCACCAACCGCCCCAACUCGAUCGACCCGGCGCUGCGUCGCUUUGGCCGCUUCGAUCGCGAGGUGGACAUUGGCAUCCCUGACCCGAUUGGCCGUCUCGAGAUUCUGCGCAUCCACACCAAGAACAUGCGCCUGGCCGAUGACGUCGAUCUCGAGAAGAUUGCUUCCGAGACCCACGGAUUCGUCGGUGCCGAUGUUGCGUCGCUGUGCUCGGAGGCUGCUAUGCAGCAGAUCCGUGGCAAGAUGGACAUGAUUGAUCUCGAGGAGGAUGAGAUCGACGCCGAGAUCCUCGACUCGCUGGCUGUGACCAUGGACGACUUCCGCUACGCGCUUGGAACCUCGAACCCGUCGGCGCUGCGCGAGACCGUGGUCGAGGUGCCCACCACCAAGUGGGACGAUAUUGGUGGCCUGGAGAGCGUCAAGCGCGAGCUGCAGGAGACUGUGCAGUACCCUGUCGAGCACCCGGACAAGUUCCUCAAGUUUGGCAUGUCGCCGUCCAAGGGUGUUCUGUUCUACGGCCCUCCGGGCUGUGGUAAGACGCUGAUGGCCAAGGCCAUUGCCAACGAGUGCCAGGCAAACUUUAUUUCCAUCAAGGGCCCCGAGCUGCUGACCAUGUGGUUUGGUGAGUCCGAGGCCAACGUGCGCGACGUGUUCGACAAGGCCCGUGCCGCUGCCCCCUGCGUCAUGUUCUUCGAUGAGCUUGACUCUGUGGCCAAGGCUCGCGGCAACUCGGCUGGCGACGCUGGAGGUGCUGGCGACCGUGUGCUGAACCAGAUCCUUACCGAGAUGGACGGCAUGAACGCCAAGAAGAACGUGUUCGUUAUUGGUGCCACCAACCGCCCCGACCAGAUCGAUGGUGCCCUGCUGCGCCCUGGCCGUCUGGACCAGCUGAUCUACAUCCCGCUGCCCGAUCUGGACUCGCGCCUGUCUAUCCUGAAGGCCACCCUGCGCAAGUCGCCCAUCGCGCCGAAUGUCGAUCUCAAGUUCAUUGCCGAGAAGACCUCUGGCUUCUCGGGAGCCGAUCUGACCGAGAUCUGCCAGCGUGCCAGCAAGCUCGCCAUCCGCGAGAGCAUUGAGGCGGACAUCCGCCGCGAGCGCGAGCGCCAGGCCAAGGAUGGCGAGGACGCUGCCAUGGAGGAUGCCGACGAGGACUACGACCCGGUUCCCGAGAUCACCAGCGCCCACUUUGAGGAGGCCAUGCGCUUUGCUCGUCGCUCGGUGUCGGACAACGACAUCCGCCGCUACGAGAUGUUUGCCCAGAACAUGCAGCAGUCGCGUGGCUUUGGUGCCUUCAAGUUCCCCAAGGGUGGAAUUGACGGCGGCGAAACCAGCGAGCAGGCUGCUGCCGCGGACUCGGGUGCUGCCAACCAGCAGUUCAACGAGGACAACGGCGACGAGGACCUCUACUCGUAA